AUGUUUCCUGCUUCUAGCCUGUUGGUGGUCUGCUUGUUGGCAGUGCUCCAAUGCUCUGCUGACUCUAUCCAGGUAGGCAAGUGUCCAAGUGCAUUCAGUAAAAAUCUGACCAUUGAUAGCAAGGGAAACCAAUUAGAGUUCAACGUUCCAUAUUAUAUUUCAAAAACUGCUGACAACAACCUCACUGUUCAAUGCGCUUACGUGGGGGAUAUGGUCUCGAAGUUCGUAACAACACUUACAGCUGGUGCAAAAAAACUUCGCUGGUUUGGCUUGUUCCUGUACUGGUUUGAUCAUUAUGCUUUUGUGCCUUACGUCAGUGAUAAGCAGUUGGGAAGUUGCGGAGGGAAAAAUUUCGUGCACACAUUCAUUGACGGCGUCGACAACGUGGUUUGUAAAACAAAGGACGUCAUUUUUACAAAUAUUUCUCAGUGA